GUCAGACACAGAAAGCUUAACACUUGUUCAGUGCUUUCAUAUCCACUCCCAAGUUUUUUUUCUUUCUUUCAUCUACUUCAAAGGGUUUUGAUAAUGAUUGCAGAGAGAGUUCAGUGUUGUUGAUGCUUUGCGAGGAAGAAAGGAACAAGAAACCGAAGCAAGAGAAGCAAUACCACUUCUAAUGCCGUGGUUGUUCUGUACUUUCCUCCUUCCUAAACCCAAACCCAAUCGAACGUUAUCACUCAUAUUCCUAUGAACUAAGUUGAAGAAAAGAAGCAAAACCAAUACCCAUGAAUCAAGGAUCCUAUAUGGACUAGUUCAACCAACAAGAAUCAACAACUUUAAUUUAAACUCAACCCCACCACUCGUCAAUUUUUUCAUCCUUACAUUCUAAAAAGGAAGAAUUAAAAAAAUUAGUACUUGCUUGGAUUGACACACGGAAAGAGAAGAAGAUGAAGAUAGGGAAAGUGGGUUGGUUGGUGAUGGUGCUAACAGUGAUGAUGGUGUUCAACGUCUGUACUUGUUCAGCUUGGUUUGGUAAUAGACACAAAAGUGGAAGGAAUCCCAUUCUCCCUAGUGAAGCCACUUCAUCAAGGCCAAGGCUCUUGAAUCCUGCUGGUUCUUCCAUUGUGUUUCCCGUUCAUGGCAAUGUUUAUCCUGUUGGGUUCUAUAAUGUUACUCUCAACAUCGGUCAGCCUCCAAGGCCUUAUUUUCUUGAUGUGGACACGGGUAGUGACCUCACAUGGCUCCAAUGUGAUGCCCCUUGUACCCAUUGUUCUGAGACACCCCAUCCACUCUACAGGCCCAGCAAUGACUUUGUCCCCUGCAGGGAUCCCCUGUGUGCAUCCUUGCAGCCCACUGAGGACUACCACUGUGAAGACCCUAAUCAAUGUGACUAUGAAAUUAAUUAUGCUGAUCACUACUCAACCCUUGGUGCACUUCUCAAUGAUGUCUACCUUCUCAACUUCACCAAUGGAGUCCAACUUAAAGUUCGGAUGGCACUUGGAUGUGGAUAUGAUCAAUUCAUUUCACCUUCUUUUUACCACCCCGUUGAUGGAAUACUUGGCCUUGGAAGGGGAAAGACCAGCGUGAUAUCCCAGCUGAAUGGUCAGGGAUUGGUGCAAAAUGUGAUUGGACACUGUUUAAGUUCACAAGGAGGAGGUUACAUCUUCUUUGGAAAGGUUUAUGAUUCUUCUCGAGUGAGUUGGACUUCAAUUUCAUCGGUAGAUUCCAAACAUUACACAGCAGGGCCAGCUGAACUUGUUUUUGGAGGAAGGAAAUCUGGGGUUGGAAGUCUGACUGCUGUGUUUGACACUGGGAGUUCUUACACUUACUUCAACUCUCAUGCUUACCAAGCAUUAAUUUCUUGGUUGAAGAAGGAAUUGAGUGGAAAGCCAAUAAAAGCAGCUCCUGAUGACCAGACUUUACCUCUCUGCUGGCACGGUAAAAGACCUUUCAAAAGCAUAAGUGAAGUUAGGAAAUACUUCAAGCCUCUGGCACUUAGUUUCACCAAUGGUAGAAGAGUCAAAGCUCAAUUUGAGAUCCCUCCUGAAGCUUAUUUAAUAAUAUCAAACCUGGGAAAUGUUUGUCUGGGCAUUCUUAACGGCCCUGAAGUAGGGUUGGGAGAACUGAACCUAAUUGGAGACAUAUCCAUGCAAGAUAAAGUGAUGAUAUUCGAAAAUGAGAAGCAUUUGAUAGGUUGGGGACCUGCAGAUUGCAGCCGUGUUCCAAGAUCCAGAGAUGUCAGCAUUUGAUCAUAAAUUAAAAACAGAAAAAAAAAAAAAAACAUAGUCCAGGCAUGCAUAUGGUUGAAUGAUAUUGUCCUGCAGUUUAUAGAGCAACGUGAUAGUACUACUUGAUACUAAUGUAUUGUCUUCCUCGUGUGUAUGUACAUUGGCUAGUGAUUGGUGAAUGCAUCCUUAUGUGUUAUAAUAAUAAUAUAUUGGAUCAGGGUAUGUAUAGGUUCAUCAUGAUAUGAGGACAUUAGUGUAGUAUUAGUGUAACAUUCUGAUUACAGAUGUAACUAGUCAAAUGACAUUAGUUUGACUGUAUUGUUAUGAGGAAUUAAUUUAGAAUCUAAAGGGUAAAGACGAUGCAAGUUGAUGC